AUGAACUUCCGCCAGAUGCUGAUGGCCUCCUUCGUUCCCUCCAGGCCCCGGCCGAAAAUGGCGGCGCUGCCCAGGGCGGAUCCCAGGACAAACGAUCUCCUGCUCGAGGCCGCGCAGCGGCCAGCGAAAUCUAGAGUGGAGGAAGUCAGUAGUGCUUCCACCGUUUCUACCACCUCCCAGCGGUUGCAGGAGCUGGAGGAAGUGUGGCCGAGUGCGGCCCCGCGCGUGUGCACUGGCCGCGCGGAAUGGAGACGAAGCCGCAGCCUGAGCCGGGUGGGGGCCGAGCUCGUGUCUGAGGGUGACGUUGCGCCUGACCUCGCAGGACUGGAGCCAGCACCCGGUCUUCAUGCUAUGGGCCUAGACAAGGCCGAAGAAGAGCCCAAGAAGGACGACGACAUGCUGGAUUCCCUGUUCACAGGCGUAGGCAGCCCUGUGUCCCAGCUCGGUGCUAGCGCAGCUCCGACGGGACAUGCUGAAGCGGCAGAGCCUGCGACACAACUCCCAGGACAGGUCGAUGAUGGCCUGGUCCAUAUCAACAACAAGACCACGUUCUACGAAGCCGAGCUGGGUGGUGCCAAGGUGAAGUUGCGGAGCCCCAGCGACUACCAGCAGCUUGUCCGAUUGGAGGUGCCCACCCGCCUCCUCUUUGACAGGCAGCUCGGCAGCAUCAGUGUGAUCCAAGACCGAUUCGGCAAGACUUUUCACGAACCUCGAGCCCUCACUUCUCAGAUUGCCAUGUCAGAUUCAGCGCAGAUCCCGGAACCUCCGUCCGCCGCUAAAGUAACCUUUGAGGGGACGCGUGAAAGGGGUGCUGAAAACAUGUUUCAGGAUUCCAGGUGGCGCGCAGGAGAGGAUAAGCUCCAUGAGGAGGACGCCUUAGCCUGCCAUCGCUGCGCCUUUUUCCGGGCCACAAGAUGUCUUUACGAAGUCAUCUGUUCCCCGACAGGAUUGCGCAGCAAGCCGAGGUCCACUUGCUUCUUUGCAGAUGCUGCGGAGGUCGAGCAGAUCCGACGUGGGAAGGCCCUGGCCAUCAUGCGGAUCCGGGGUCCAUUGGUCGAGUUACCCCCGAUGUCCGCCAUGUCGGUUGCGGCUGGGUCAAAGCCACCAGCUCGCAGAGGCGUCGCAAAAGCCUACAGGUCUGCCGCCUUGAAGCUAGAGAAUGAUCUGCCGAAGCUUCGGUGUGCCGCGCUGUGUUGGCAGUUGGCAGAUGUCGGAGACCCAUAUAGCCAAGACAUGCAGGUUGCGGCCAUCCUUUUUGGAAGCCCGCCGGCCGAAUUUCAAGAUUGGGUGAAGCGGCGACGAAGGAAAGACCACGAAGACAAGGAGGCAGCUGGCGAAGCUGCAGAGGAGGCUUCGGAGACUUUCGAUUCCACCACCGUUCCUGAUGCUGCAGACAGGGCUCUUGCCGAGUUCGCCCACUUCAGCCUGCCAACAACCUCCGAAGGUUUCGACGAGGUUCGGUAUGAAUGGGCCAACGAGGCCCGAACCCGAACAGACGCCCCGCAGCUGACCUUAGCCGUCGAACCACCACGCGUGAGCUCCAUGCUUUCCGCGUGUUGCUAUGUGGACCGGCCCUUGGUGAAAAUCCGCCGGCCGGCAGAGGAGGUGCUCCUCCCUGCCCGUCAAAGCUCCUCCAUCCACCAGGUGGUUGCAGCAGCGGCUCAAAACCUGGGGUGCGAACUCUCCGACUGGCAGCGUGGCUGGUGCACCGAAGAGGUGGUCUCGAUCUUUCUCCGCGGCCGUCAUGGAGAUGUGGCUGCAGCAGCUCAGAUACUGGCCCAGGCUCUAUUCUGGCGCGAGCAGUACCGGGACGUUCUCUCUGGCAGCCGCUUGCCCAAGUGGCAAGGCGACCUGCGAAUUCUGGCGCAGGGCACAGCGGGGCAGCCUUUGCUCUACCUGUGCUGUCGCCACCAGACAUGUAGCUUCAACGUCGCGGACACGUUGGACCAUGUCGCCUGCGUUCUGGAGACCGCCGUGCGUAAGAUGCGGCCUGGGGUGCAGCAGGUGGAUGCUGUGAUCGACUGUCAUGGCUUCUGCCUUUGGUACAACAUGGACCCGAGAAUUGUGAUCGGGAUUGCCGAACUGCUCCGGCAGCCUUACCGAGAUCGCUUGCGAACAGUAAUGAUGGUGGACGCGCCGUUGGGACUACAGCCUGUUUGGAACGUCAUAUAUCCAUUGCUGCCAGCAGCAACGAAGAGAAAGGUCAAGUUCUUGUCUGCAUCAAAUGCAGUGGCCGCAGUUCAGGAGCUGCAAGGAAGCCAUUCUGCUGGAGUCCUGCAGCAUGUCAUGGACCUGAACAGGGACCCACUUGGGCCCGGGGCUGUUCCGAAGGUGCUCCCGUGUGAGUCGGAGCACUGGGCGGAGGUUGAAGGUCCGACACCUCUCAAAGAUCACCGCGCAGCUCGUGUGGCGCCGAGCACUCGUGGCUUCUGCCCCUGUCGUUGGCGCAGACCUUGCUGA